CCAGCAAUACAGGUAUGCACAGAAGGCAAAUCACUGACCUUUUAGACCAAAGCAUUCAGGUACAUUCCCAGUGUUUUGUCAUCACCUCUGAUAAUCGUUACAUCUUGGUCUGUGGCUUCUGGGACAAGAGUUUCCGAGUUUAUUCUACCGACUCAGGUAAACUGAUACAAGUAAUAUUUGGACACUGGGAUGUUGUAACCUGUCUUGCUCGUUCUGAGUCCUAUAUUGGAGGAAAUUGUUACAUUCUCUCAGGAUCGCGUGAUGCAACAUUGCUACUUUGGUACUGGAAUGGCAAAACCAAUAUCAUUGGUGAUAACCCAAGAGGUGAAUUUGCAACUCCUCGAGCUAUUUUGACAGGACAUGACUAUGAGAUCACCUGUGCUGCCAUUUGUGCUGAACUCGGCCUGGUAAUAAGUGGUUCAAAAGAAGGACCAUGCCUCAUACAUUCUAUGAAUGGAGAUCUACUGAGGACGUUAGAAGGUCCUGAAACAUUAGAAGGUCCUGAAAACUGCCUGAGACCAAAACUUAUUCAAGCUUCAAGAGAAGGCCACUGUGUCAUAUAUUAUGAAAACGGCCUCUUCUGUGUAUUCAGUGUGAAUGGGAGACUUCAAGCCACUAUGGAAACAGAUGACAAGAUAAAGGCAAUUCAGCUGAGUCGAGAUGGACAGUAUCUGCUUACAGGUGGAGACAACGGAGUUGUCAUGGUAUGGCAGAUGUGGGACCUCAAGCAGCUUUUUGCUUACCCAGGGUGUGAUGCUGGAAUCCGAUCCAUGGCCCUGUCGUAUGACCAAAGGUGUAUACUGACUGGCAUGGCGUCUGGGAGCAUAGUGGUUUUCUACAAUGAUUUCAAUCGUUGGCACCACGAGUAUCAAACCCGAUACUGAUCUUCGCAGAGACCAAGAUGAAGCGGUGAUGGGGGCAGCUGUGGUCAGAGGGCAACUGAACACAGCACGCCUCCCCUUGGUGUCUUGCCACAACAUUCUUCCUUAUAAAUAGCUAUAUUACAUCUGAAUGUAACUUAAAUUUGCUGGAAGAAGCAACCUAUUUUUUAAAGUUAAUUGCUAUUUUUGUAGACCUUGCUUGACUUUUUUGGGGGAAGGGCAAAGAAGCAGAAAAAUGGCUGCUGGGUUCUGUAGUUAAAAAUCUAUAUUUUUAGUCAUAAUGAGAAGUCUAUUUUGAUCCCUGUAUGUAAAAGAAACCUAAAGUAAAGGUGGUUAAAACUCA